UAUCCGCGAGGCUCACCUAGUCAUUUGGUGCGAGCACUCGGUCGCGGACGUGUUCGAGUUCACUCUGUCUCGUGUUCAGCAAACAGGUUCAGGAGCGAUCGAAUUGUGAGACCGGCGUUUCGAUAUGCGUAACACGAUGGACAUCCGAGCGCAGUUUCAGAAAAAUGGUUAUGUCAUCUUGGAGGAUUUUUUUCAUCCAGAGGAGAUCGAAGAAUUAAAAUCCUGCGGAGAAGAAUUUACGAAUAAGUUGCCACCUGAAUCGGAAAGAAAGAUAUUUAAUACAAUAAAGUUACAACAGAAUAAAGAUAAAUACUUUUUGGAUAGCGCUAAUAAAAUAAGUGUUUUCUUCGAGAGUGAAGCUUUGGACGAAGACGGAAAACUGAAGGUUCAUCCAAGAGUGUCGUUAAACAAAGUGGGUCAUGCACUUCAUUGGUUACAUCCUAUCUUUAAAAAAUAUUCUUUCGAUGAAAGAGUUAAAGAAGUCGCUUUUCAAUUAGAGUAUCAAGAACCGGCAAUAUGUCAGUCGAUGUACAUUUAUAAGAAUCCCGGAACAGGCUCGGAAGUUACGACGCAUCAGGAUGCAUCGUAUUUAUAUACCGAGCCAAUGAAACUCGUAGGUUUCUGGAUUGCAUUAGAGGACGCUACGCAAGAAAAUGGAUGUCUAUGGAUCGCCCCGGGGUCACAUCAGAGCGGAGUGCACAGACGUUACAUAAGAAACAAAGAUCCAAAUUCUCAAGAAUUACUAAUAUACGAUAGAGCAGCGCCCUGCUAUCCAUUAAGUAAUUUCAGGCCUGUACCGGUACGCAAAGGAACUUGUAUUCUUAUUCAUGGUCAAGUAGUACACUUUUCUUAUCCCAACAAGAGCGAAACAUCGAGACACGCUUAUACAUUUCAUGUGAUCGAGACGAAACAUGUUUCUUAUUCGAAGGAUAAUUGGCUUCAACCACCUGCUGGAGGUUUUGCGAAUCUCUAUAGAAAUUAGAUGUAUUGUACUUAUUUAAAAAAUUAUUGUUCGUCGUAUUAUGGUAUAAUUUUACUAUCUAUAUUUUUUAAUUUGUUGUUUCUCAUUGGACAAAAAAAAAAUAACAUUCUAUAUACAGUUUAGAAGCGAUAACAAACAAAUAAUUUUUUUUGUAUAUAUUAUUUUAUACAUUGUGUCAAAGUAUCGAACCAAUGAAAGAUAUUUUUUGCAAAAUGGUAACUCUUCAGGAGACUCGCUUGUACAAUAGCUUUUUUUCUGAAAGAGUAAAAUGGUGAAAUUUGUAUUCAAAUUCGGAAUUAUAUUGGAAUAUGUGAAUUUUUACGGAAAUACUCGCAAUUUUGUUUUUUUUCUGGAGCGAUACUUUUCAUGUGCGCAGUUCAGAUGAUUUUAUUCAAAGAUUGUCGCACAACGCUCUUACUCAAAAAUGCAGUUACAAUAUCUUUCAAUGGUGUCAUAUCGGUUACCUUUCUAAAAAUAUUGUACUUUCAUAUACUUUUUAUGACAAUGCUAAAUUGUCAUUAUAUCAUUUAAUAAAAAUAUAAAUGUAUUAUUUAUUAAAAUAAAUGUAUAUAUACAUGUUUUCGUAAA